CGCGUUUCACGUUCGUGAUUAAUCUCUCAAAAAUUCCCGCUAGGGCUUGGAGCCCUAAUUCGAAACAAGGAAAUCCGCGAUUGGAGUGGAGAACGAGGAGGAUGGCGAUCAUCGCAGUCAGCCGGAGCUUUCUUAUCUCUCUGAAUUCCCAAAUGUUGGUCUCUUGUUGGGCAAAAAAUAGGCAUGUAUCUUCGGGUCCUGUUAGAUAUGUUCCUGGGUCUCACGGUCAAGAGAAGGAAGGCCCAAGGCCUAGUCAGUUGGAUGCUUCUGCUAUGAAAGAUCCUAUUUUGAUGAGAACCAGACAGUGGAAGGAGGAAAAGAACGAUCUAUAUGAUUCUGAGCUUCAGCAAAACCCUUUUGAUGCUGAGUGUUGGAAUGUGAAACAAAGCAAUAUGUGUGAAUUAUCAGUUGAAGAAUCUUGUGUUCUCAAUGAUAGCACUGAUGCUAACCUUGAUUUCAUGAGCACUGAUACCGAUGAGUCUGAACCAAUUCUUGAAGAAGAGCAAAAUGCUGUUGGUAAUUUGAUUAUAAAAUGCAGUGAAGUAGAUUACAAGAAAACUAGGCAAGAUGUGGAGAAUUUGGCAAUUGAAUUGCUUUGCAGGAAGAGCAUUUACAGCACUUGAGCUGCGAAAGAAACUACAUGGGAAAAGAUAUCCUCUUCAUAUCAUUGACUCUGUCAUAGCAGAUGUAAAGUGCAAGGGUUUGCUGAAUGAUGACUUUUAUGCUGAGUCAUUCUCUCGAUCUCGAUGGCUGACUGCAAAUUGGGGCCCAAGGCGAAUAAAACAAGCCCUUGCUCAGAAAGGUGUGAGCGAGACCGUCGCUAACAAAGCAACAAAGCAGGUUUUCGAGGAGGACGAUCCAGAUAUGAGCAACCAGGACAUGCUGCAUGGAAUGUCCAAGUCUUCAAUGGAUCGCCUGUUUGUUCAGGCCUCGAAGCAGUGGUUGCGAGGCCAGGAUGCAUCACCAGAGAAGCGGAAAGCUAGGAUCAUAAGAUGGCUCCAGUACCGUGGAUUCAGCUGGGGAGUUACCGGCUUCAUACUGAAGAAACUUCAGUCACAAUUCCCACCAUGAGAACUAAAAUUGCAGAGGAACUCCUCCACACAUAGCACCGAGCUAAGUUUCAAUCAAUGUACAAGAUGCAAUUCUUUGUACUGACAAUGAUGAGCUUCCUUUUUAUUUAAGGUUUUAAGCGCGCAAUAUCUCCUGCAGAAUGUGACAUGGCAAUCACUGAUAAUCAAAAUUGCACCAGAGCAAGAACCUCCUUACUGGUGACUCGGUGAGUGUUAAGCAAGGAGAAAUCACCUGAAUUUGAUGACGUGGGUGGUGGUGAAAAAUGCUGUCAAACUGUAACAGGAGCUGUUACAAAUAAUACUUUUUGUAGUGAGAGCUGUUAAUGUAUCCUUGCAUGAUGAAAAAAUGCGAAAAAAUGUUGUCUUGAUAACAUACAUGCUUCAUAUCUGCCUGUGUUUUUCA